AUGAAAGCAAAUGAUUCGUUUGAUGAUAAUUGGUUAAUUAUUCCAGUAAAUUCCAAUCAAAAAUUAGUUAGAUCAUAUUACUGGCCAGCAUUAUUUUUAUUAUUUUUUUCAAUUAUUGGUAUUAUUGGAAAUUUAUUAGUUUGUCUUGCGAUUGGAACAGAACGACGUUUACAUAAUCCAACGAAUUGGUAUAUUUUUUCAUUAGCACUUGCUGAUAUGUUGAUUUCAGGAAUUGUUAUUCCAUUAGCUACUGUUAAAGAAUUUACAGGUAAAAACAACAAAUCUAUUCUAUUAUUAACUAAUAAAAAAAAAACAAAAUUGAUUGAUUUAGGUUUUUGGAUAUUUGGUCCAAUUUUAUGCGAUUUUUGGUUAUUUUUGGAUGUUUGUUCAUGUACAUCAUCUAUCAUGCAUAUUGUUGUUAUAUCAAUUGAUCGUUAUUUAGCAAUAGAAGAUCCACUAAAUGUUCGUUUACGACAAAAAAAAUAUCAAAUAUGCUUUUGUAUAAUAGUUAUAUGGUUAAUAGCUAUAUUAUUAUCAUCACCAAUGAUUAUACUUGGUGCAAUUAAUCCAUAUAAUAUUAUAAUUAAUGGACAAUGUUUAAUCAAUAAUCAAUUUUUUGUUAUAUAUGGUAGUGUUGUUUCAUUUGUUAUUCCAUUGAUUAUUGUUAUUAUUAUGUAUACUUUAACUGUACGUCGUUUAAAAAAACAAAUAAAACAAUGUCAAACACAUUUUGCUCAAGAACAAAUAACGAAUACAGUUAAUCUUGUUGCUAAACCAUUUUUACGACAAAAAACAGCAGCAACAACAAGUAAUAAUCAAUUAAAUAUUUCAUUUCAAUCAUUAACAAUUCCAUCAAUAGAAUUAAAACGUAGACGUUUUCAACGACAAGAAACAAGUUUUGAUUUAAGUGAAGAUAGUUUCAAUAAUAUAUGUUUAGAUAAAGAUAAAUAUCCAUCAUUAGCAAAUGAUCUUCAAAAUGAUAAAUCAUCUAUUCAUAGUGAUUAUACAUGUCCACGAAAUUCAAAUUGUCUUGAAGAUGAUGAAACAACAAAUCUUCAUUUAACUUCAUCUCAUCAAGCUCGUCCAAUGUCAUUAUCAGUACCAAUGAUUUCUCAUCAUCCAUCAUUAACUUCAAUUAAUCAAGUAAAACGACAUAAAGAUCGUUUAGUUCUUAUUCCAAGUUUAGGAACAACACGUUCAAAAUCUUCAGCUGUACGUAAUGAACAAAAAGCUGUCAAAGUUCUUGGUGUUGUUUUUGUUAUAUUUGUAAUCGCAUGGUUUCCAUUUUGUAUUAUGAAUAUUUUACGUGGUGUUUGUAAACAUUGUUCAAUUAAUGAAAAUUUAUUAAAUAGUUUUGUUUGGCUUGGUUAUGUGUCAGCAUCAAUUAAUCCAGUUGUUUAUACAAUGUUCAAUCGAAAUUUUCGUUUAAAAUUUAUUGCAUUACUUAAAUGUCAUUGUUUAUAUUCACGUGAUCAACAAAAACGAUUAUUAUAUUAUCAAAGUCAUUCAUCAUUACAUGGUUCAAGAAUUUUACGUAAAAAUGGUUUAGUACAAAAUGAUAUUCGACGUUUUAAUGCACAUAGAUAA